AUGCAGCCGGGGGAGACAGUUUCCCGGUCAGCUCUAGACAAACCCCUUCAACAACUAACCGAAGAUGACAUUUCUCAGCUCACUCGCGAAGAUUGCCGCCGUUAUCUCAAAGAAAAAGGUAUGAGAAGACCGUCGUGGAACAAAUCGCAGGCAAUACAGCAAGUGAUUUCACUCAAAACACUCCUCGAAACGACGCCGGAGACGGAAUCUCCAAGGCGACGACUCUACAUUCCCGGCCCUCCUCCUCCUGAUAACAGUCCUCGUGUCCCUGCAAAUUCCUCUGUUUCCGUGAGGGGAGCAAGUACUGAUACACCGAUCUCGGUGCCUGCAGAGGUGUUAGUUCCGUACCGGCAACACGAUCCCCCCAAUCCCGAUGUUCCUGCCGAUCCUCCGCCUCCGGUCCAUGUCACUGCCACGGAGAAUGAUUCCGUUUCUCCAAGGUUAUUCCGUGCACAAGCAAUAAUGCAUCUUGCUGCAAGCCCAUUUGCUCCACCUCAGGAAGCUUCCUCAGAUGUGAUUCCGUCAUCUUGGUCUUUUCCAUGCCAGUUAGAAACUCCAGGUGUCAAAGCUGCUUCAAAUUCUGUUGUUGCGAACUUUGCAACCCUAUCAACAGUGAAAGGUGCAGAUAACGGUCAGCUUCCCCUCGAAGAUAGCAACAUAACUCGCGAAGACAACCUAGGUAAUGCUUAUACUAGUCAGCUCAUGAAAAAUCCUAACAAGAGAAAGGUGGCAAUGUCUUCUGCUAGCUUAGACAUCUACUUAAACCAUCGGGUUGGAGAUCAAAUCUCAAAUGAUCAUUGGAACCUAAAUGAUGCCUGCUCUCCUCCCCAACCCAGACCUCCUCAAACGCCUAACCGAUGCAACUCUGUUGACAAUUUAGCAAAAAAUGGCAGCCUCUCAGCUGACCUUAACGACAAAGGUGAUGGAGAUUAA